AUGUUUUCAAGUUGUGAUAAGAGCCCUAUCUAUCAGACUCUCACCGGGCUUCGUUUGCUUCUCGAUAUGUCGGAUUACCCUACAGUCGACACCCGGCCUGAAGUCGAGAAGAUCUCCGAGUUGUUCAAUACCACCAUAGAUGGCUGGAUCUUUGCAAACCCUCUGACUGCCAACAAUACCUCAUUCCGUUCCCAGUUGGUUCGGUGUGUGUACCCGAUGAGCGGUGGAUAUAGCUUGACUCCACGCGUGGUUUUCUACGUUCUUGCCGCGGUCUCUGUUUAUGGUCGUGAUCACGAAUGGGCAACUAGUGCUGCGCUUGGAGGUGUUAUAAUAUACAGCUCAACAGCCGCAAUUCACGCGUUAAUCCUCGUCGGUAUUCGCCAUCAGCUUGCACCGUUGUGGCUGUUUCCGGAUUUCCAGAGGGUCCUUGUUGAAGGCCAAUCACCCGACGGCCAGUAUAACUUCACGGACACACGUCAGCAGAACGCGGCGCUGUGGCUACCUAUUAUCCCGAUGGCUUGGGAUAAUGACAGUGAUCCAACUUUACUCAUCACAGGUGUUGCUUUUCUCCUACUACUUCCUAUGUACAACUUCUCAAAGACAUUGGGAAAAUCUUCUGCAGAACGGAAGAUGAUCAUUGUUUUUUGGGCACUCCUUCUUUUCGCUGGUCUUAUUGCUGCUCUUAUAAACUCAGCGUACGUCAUCUUCUGGUCGUUUCCUCAACUCAGAUUUUGUCCGCUCGACCGGGCAGACAACCUUCCAAUCCAGAAUAACGGUGCGCCGUCAGUUGUUGGACCGUGGGAUCGGCAUGAUUGGUAUAUGUGGAAUCGGACUAUCCGCGACUAUUUUGUCUCUAAUAACGCAACAAUACGACCUACCACCACAUGUCUCUAUACCUGUUUCGAUACGUCGUGGCCACUGAGAGACCCGACAGAUAUACAGGUAUUUCCUUCGGCAAUCAUUCAAGCCAACACGGCCCUCUCUAUCUAUUUAUUCCAAUUUGCGAUUUAUGUCUUGGUCGGCUGCUCUACAGCAGUAGGUUUAACGCUCGCUCUGAUGAAGCACUUACCUUGGCUAUCGGAGGGAUGGCGUACAUUUGACCUUACCGGAUCCUGGAACCAGGUCUCGAAGGGAUAUAGCAAAUUUAUAUCCGGACUCCGCGGGAAAUUCAAUUGUCGACGAUAUCUUUCAAGGCUUGGAAAGCUGAUCUUACGGCUGUGGAUUUUUCUGGUUAUCUUAUACUCUUCUGUACUCAGCCCCCUCGGUCUGAUUGCAUUCAUAGUGUACAAUGAGUGGGUAAUAGCGGUCCUUGACCCGGGACAAGAGACUUUCCGGCAUGUUGGACAGUGGAGUUCCUUGGUAAUGGCUGUGCUUGCGCUUGCAGCUGCGAUGAUCCCUGGAAUCAUCUUACGGAUAGUACGAAAUACAAAGGGAUCCGGAAAGCCUUAA